CUCGAGGACCCCUUCGUCUUCGCGCCGUACCACACGGCCUGGACGGCGGCGAACGGCGCCGCCGUGGACCACCUGGAGAUGGACACGGCGUUCAUGGAGCCCAUGCUCGACCGGAGCGACAGCGUGCUCGUCGGCGAGGCGAAUUUGGAGAAGAUCGAGGCGCAGCUCGCCGCGGGCGACAACGUCGUGCUGCUGAGCAACCACCAGACGGAGGCGGACCCGUCGUGCUGGUCCUUUAUUCUCGAAGGCAAGCACGAGGCUUUAGCGCGGUCCAUGAUUUUAGUGGCCGGCGAUCGCGUGACCACGGACGUCGUCGCGGUGCCGUUCUCCAAGGCGCGGAACCUCCUCUGCAUCUUCUCGAAGCGCCACAUCGAGAACCCGCCGGAGCAGAAGGCGACGAAGAUGCGCCACAACGCCAAGACCAUGUCGGCCAUGCUGAAGCUGCUCAAGGGCGGCGGCCAGUGCAUCUGGGUCGCGCCGAGCGGCGGCCGCGACCGGCCGGACCCGGAGACGGGCAAGUACGCGGUCGCGCCCUUCGACGACAAGUCCGUGGAGAUGUUCCGUUUGAUGGGCUCCAAGGCGGGCACGACGACGCACUACUACCCCGUGGCCAUGAUGACGCACCGGUUGUUUCCUCCGCCGAAGAAGCUGACCGCGGGCGCGCUCGGCGAGCCCCGCGUGGCCAUGCGCGGCUCCGUCAACGUGAAGAUCGGCGACGAGAUCGACUUCGACGAGGUC